UGCAAUCCCAGGUAAAGUCAAAAUAUGUUUUUGUGUUUUCGCAAGUGUUGUUCAGGAUUUCUAUAAAGUUAAUAUUUUUAGAGAGUAAAUACAAUUUACAAGUUCUUCUCUAACCAGAAUAGGAGAAAAUGAACGAUUUUAUCAGGAGCAAUGCUUUGUAUCUAGCCAUAUUGCUUAUAAGUCUUCCCAUUGCCUCACAGUUUGAUAUAGACGAGGAAGCAGAUGCUUUAAAGGACGAUAAUGACUUUUCCACAGUCGACGAAUCCGAAUCACUCCUCUCUAACGUUGUAUCUGAUGUGAAUAAAACUUUAACAAAUCUUUACAACCAAGUCACAUUUGCCAAUGUAACUAUUGAUACCAAUAAAACCAAAGUGAACGAAACACGUAAACUUGUUAAGUGUAAAGAGAUAACCUAUGAAACAGAUGUUGAUCCAUGUGUGGAAAUUAUCAACGGUACAGCACUUGCAAAGCUACUCCAAGUGAAACCCGAUAUACAGAGUCGUGAUGUUGAGGCUGAUUGUGUAUUGGUGCUAUUUUAUGCAAAGGCCUGUCCUUUUAGUGCACAUGCAGCACCACAUUUUAAUGCUCUAGCAAGAUCUUAUCCUCACAUAAAAAUGGUGGGGCUUGAUGCUCUGAAAUACCAUGGAAUAAAUGCGCAGUAUGGAAUUGUUGGAGUGCCAACACUAAAAAUGUUCCACAAUGGACGACCAGUUGGUAAAUUCAAUGGUACAGAAUACAAUAUACACUUAUUUAGCAAAUUUGUUCAUGUUAUUACAGGACAAAAUCCUCAAGUAUUGCUUGUCACAUCAAAGGACUUCCAAGGACCAGUUUCAAGUGCUGUAGAAAAAGAAACUGAUUAUUUCCUUAUUCUAUCAUGGUUAUUUAUUAUAAUCUGUUCAAUUUAUUACUUCAUGCAAUCAAAAUGGUGGAAAUUGAUUGUGGAAAUAGUCCAAAUGAAUUGGCGCGAAUCUGAGGCACAACAUGAGCACAUUGAUUAAUGAUACAUUUAUAAGUUGUGGUUGUAAAUAUAUGUUUAAUUUAUUGCUGGAAUACA